AUGCACCACAACCGCCAAGCCUGGGCAGGCGUGGAGAGUCCUCUCAAACCUACGAUCUCUGUGAAUGUGGACGAUUUCGAAACCGACGAGUACAUCGACGACGAGAACGGUGGAGGACAAGGAACGACCAAUGCGAACUCCUUUUUCCCUACCGCAGGGGUGGGUGGAGGUGCAUUUGACCAACAAUCUCAACGCCAACGAGAAGAAAAACCGACGUCGCCGUCACGAAUAAAUUUUUACUCGCCGUCGAUUCCCAUCGGUGGUGGAGGAGGAGGAGGAGGGUUCUCCUCGUCGUCGCCGCCCUCAGCGGGUGCACAUCCCGUUGGAGGCGCUCAAAUUUGGGGAGGAGGAGGAGAAAAAGCGACGUCGCCGCCGAGUCCUUUAGGGAUGAUGGGAAUGAUGGAUACGACUAAUACUAUCGAUACUAACGCGACGAUGAUGAGGAGCAGCAUGACGAGUUUAACGACCCCGACGACGAUGUCGAAUAAUAAUAACAAUAAUCAACAACAACAACAACAGCGAGUGCAAUUGCACUCGAAUCUCUACAUUAAAAAUUUACCAGAGAGAGUGGACGAGUUGCAACUGAACGCGAUUUUUUCCUUACACGGGAGAGUAGAGUCGUGUUGCGUAAUUCGAGACGCGACGACGCAAGUCAGUCGAGGGUUUGGGUUUGUCAAGUUUCAAACGUUCGCGGACGCGGUGAAUGCGAUUGCGAAUAUGAACGGGAAGGUUAUGCAUAAGAAGGCGAUCGAGGUGAAAUUCGCAAACUCGGAUUCGAGCGGGACGUCGGUAAACGGGUCGAAUCCGCAAUUUUCGAAACAGAACGUGUUUGGGGUAGCUCCUCCGACAGCAAAUAUUAAUAUCGCGUCAGCGUCGACGGCGCAGCAACCGGUGGUGAGUUUGGAGAAUUUCGGGUCGCCGGACCAAGCGAAUUCGGUAGUGAAUAACUUGUUGAGCUCGACGGCGAAUAACGCGGCGAAUAGUAGCAUCGUGUUUGAAGCCAUCGCGCAGCAGCAACAACAGUUGAUGCAGCAAAUAGAGAUGAAACCAUCGGAUAAUAUUUACGUAAAAGGAUUGCCGCCUAUUAUGGCGGAAAAUGAUUUGAUGCGUUUGUUUUCAAAAUUCGGCAACGUCAUCGAGUGCCGAUUGUUACACGCUUCCAUGACAACCUCUGUCGGAGCGUUGAUACGAUUCGAAACGGUCGAUAUGGCAACUUUAGCGGUAAAUGCGACGAAUGGAAUAACUUUGGUUGGUGCGACGACGCCUUUAACGGUGCGAUUUGCCGAUUCGAGCUCGAAAAACAGACGAAGACAAAAUAAUAAUGCGACGACGAAUAAUACGAACAACGGAAACAACGAUAAAUCCGUCCGAAAUGGCAAUCAAUACAAGCCAAACGUGGAGAACAAGAACAACAAGAAAUCUAACCGAUAUCUCAGCACAUCGUCGCCGAAGAGAGGUGGCAGUAAGCAUAAUAACACCAGCUACUUAUCGACGAUGUCGUCGGAUGAAAUUAACCACGCGGGGUUUUUGGCAGAUGAAGCGGAAAAUUCGGAUCUUUCAUUCUCCUCGGGGGAAGAUUUCGCGGUGGCGGCCGAAUUUCGACUCAAAUUAAAUAAUUUGCCGACGUUAUGUAAUGACUUGCUGUUGUACACAACAUUUGCACCGUAUGGUGCGAUUAAGUGGGUGAAAACAGCGCUCGAUGAUGAUGGGAGAUGUUCGAGCGGUAACGCCUGGGUCGCGUUUCGAAGGAGGAAAGACGCGGAAAACGCCUCCGCGAACUUGCGCAACACGAAACUUGGCGAACGAAUCGUCCAAAUUGAAAGGACGUACAACUCUGUAUAA